AAGUGCGCGUGUGACGCAGGGAGUGCCUACAUGACAGACCAUGCAGCAUGCGUCACCAGCACCGGCACUCCAUGGCACGCCUCCCAGUUGCCUUUUCUGAAGGAACUGAGGACCUCCUGGAAACUGGAUGGACGUGAUGCUCCUCGCGGCUGGCAGGCCGGGGAUGACUGCAAGACCGCUGAAGUGCUCACCUGUGAUGAUGCAGGCAUGAUCACGCAGUUGAUGGUUCUAGAAGAUGUCGUUUCUGGCGAAAUACCCGAGUCGGUUGGGGAUCUGGCCAAAGCUGUCGAUCAUAGUGAUAAGAGGCACUGGUAGCCGGAGUGCCAACUAUGGCCUAACUGGUGCUAUUCCAGAGUCCAUCAGCCAGCUGACGGGCCUUGUUGAGCUAGAGUUGUCAAAUGUUAGGCUCAUCGGCGACAUUCCUUCAGCGCUCUUCACUCUUCCACGCCUCACCCGCAUGGUCGUGGGCGGCUACGAUGCCCAGCCUUGUUCCAUUCCACAAUCCAUCAGCCAGCUAUCCAACCUUGUGGAGCUAGAGUUGUCAAACGUGGGGCUCACUGAUGGCGGCGUUCCCUCAGAGCUCUUCACUCUUACAGACCUCACCCGUGUAAUCAUAAGGGACAACGGUUACCAGCCUUUUUCUAUUUCAGAGCCCAUCAGUCAGCUAAUCAACCUUGCUGAGCUAGAGUUGUCCAACGUUGAGCUCACUGACAGCGUUCCGCCAGCGCUCAUCACUCUGACACACCUCACCCGCAUAAUCAUAAGAGGCAACAGUGAAUAUUACCAGUCUUACUACUCCCAGUCUUUCUCUUUAACGCAGUCCAUCACUCAGCUAGCCAACCUUGCUGAUCUAGAGUUGUCCAGCAUUGACCUCACUGACAGCAUCCCUUCAGAGCUCUUCACUCUUACACACCUCACCCGCGUAGUCAUAAGGACCGAAGACUACUCGUCUUUUUCUUUUCCAGCGUCCAUCAGUCAGCUCACCAACCUUGUUGAACUUGAGUUGGCAAGGCUGGAUCUCACUGGGGGCAUACCGUCAGCGCUCUUCGACCUCACACACCUCACC